AUGUACGGCCUGUACCUGGAGGCCGUCAAUGAUUACAUCAACGAAUCCUACGGAGAGGACGUGUGGCGGCUGAUCGAAGCUCGAGCGGAGAUCCCACACCUCAAGUUCGUCAAACACCAGAUGUACAAUGACAACCUGAUCCUACGCAUGGCAAAGGCUGCUGGAGAAGUCUUGGGAAAGACUCACGACGAGCUGAUGUACGCGUUCGGUGUCUACAUGGUGAAGAGGAUCGGGAACUACGGGUACGAGAGAAUUCUCAAGGUGCUGGGCCGCAACGUGCGGGAUUUCAUCAACGAGCUGGACAACCUGCACGAAUACUUCCGCUUCUCCUUCCCCAAGGUGCAGCCACCCAGCUUCUGUGUGGAGGAGGAAUGCGAGCGGAGCCUGACCCUGCACUACCGCAGCACCCGCAAGGGCUUCACCCAGUUCGUCAAGGGGCAGUUAUCACAGGUCGGCCGCCAGUUCUACAACACGGACAUCGAGGUGGAGAUCCUGUCCAAGGAGGAGACGGAGAAGAUGACCUACGUGGUGUACAAGAUGAACUUCGACAACGCGGCCUUCAAGCACCGGACGCCUCAGCUGAAGGCCGCCCCCGACUACGAGAAGCUGCCCAUGAAGAAGGGCAUCUUCUUCGACAUGUUUCCCUUCAGCAUGAUCUUUCGCCGGGACAUGACCAUGUCGAGGAUCGGCGACGGCCUGAAAGAGGUCUUCUCCGACCUGCAGGGCAAGAAGGUCAACGACGAGUUCACUCUGGUGCGGCCCAUGCUAGAGUUCAACUGGGACAACAUCUACACGCACCUCAACAAUGUGUUCGAGCUGAUGUCCAAGGCCGUGGUCGAGAGCAAACAGAAGCCCAGUGUGUCCAGUACGGACCAAAGCCCAGGGGAAGAGCAGGCAAAUAAAGAGGUGAAGGACGGCGGGAACAAGAGGGAGGCCCCGGAGUACGUGAGUGGGACCCCGAAGAACGUUGGUGGGGAGGAUAUCGAGCUACUGGCCUUCCAAACCGUCACCGGGAAGUGCAGCGACACCAUCUUCGAGGACAUGCGGGAACCGUCCAAGAAACCGCUGCACCUGAAGGGACAGAUGAAGUACGUGCCACAGUGGGACUCACUCAUCUUCCUCGGCACCCCCAUAAUCGAGACGGUGGAGGACAUGAUCAAGAUGGGGGUUUACGUGAAUGACCUUAACCUUCACGAUUCCAGUCGGGAGUUAAUACUUGCCGGUACGCAGCAGUCCGCCGAGCUUCAGCUCGCCCUGGACCAGGAACAACAGAAGUAUGCUCAGCUCCAGGAGAUCAUUCAGAAGCUGGACGAGGAGAAGAAGCGGGGGGACUCCCUUCUCUACGCCAUGAUCCCCAAGGCGGUGGCCGACCGUCUCAGGAAGGGCGUAACUGCCCUCGAGACCUGUCAGGUCUUCCCCGAUGUGACCAUCCUGUUCAGCGACGUGGUGAAGUUCAACGAGAUCUGCAUCCACAUCACCCCGAUGCAGGUGGUGGACAUGCUGAACGAGAUCUACAUCGUCUUCGACACGCUGAGCGAGAAGCACAACGUCUACAAGGUGGAGACCAUCCGUGAUGCCUACAUGGUGGUCGCCGGCGUCCCCAACAAGACCACGUUCCACGCCCACCACAUCUGCGACAUGGCGGUGGACAUGCUCAGCUCCAUCAACCACCUGAAGGACCCUUCCACCGGGGACAACAUCCAGAUUCGAGUGGGGAUUCACUCCGGGAUGGUGGUCGCCGGCGUGGUCGGGCUGAAGAUGCCGCGGUAUUGCCUCUUCGGGGACACAGUCAACACUGCAUCCAGGAUGGAAAGUAACGGCGUGGGAAUGCAGAUCCACAUCAGUCAGACCACCAAGGACCACCUGGAACACGAGCCCUACAUGAUCGAGGAGCGGGGUAAAAUCUUCGUCAAGGGCAAGGGGUACAUGAAGACGUACUGGUUGAAAGGGAAGAGGACGCAAGGCUUCAAGGGCGCCAACGAGUAUGGCAACGAGUUAAAGGAGAACAGCGUCUCCAGCAGCCGGAGUCCGAGAGACUCCCCCCAGGAGCCGGACGCCGGCGACGAGGGCGAGGGAACCGUCCGCUCCUCCAGCUCGUACGAGGGUUCCGACGACUUCCAGGAGCUCAGGAAGAGGGUCAGUGCGCCAAGGACGAAGGAGGCGCCGCAGCAAGGCGUUGCCACGGAGACGGCGCCGGUGACCAACGCGGGGGCCCAGCCAGUCACUCGCUCCCUGGCGCCGGCCGCCUACCUCAAGAGUGCCACCUGCGAGCUGAUUUGA